CCGGAAGAGAAGCAAAUUGUUUAUGCCGUAAUCUCAUGAACUGACUGGUUUGUCGUGCGGUUAAUAGGGGAAUGUUGAACAAGAAUCAUAGUUAAGUGCUGCCGGGCUAUGAUGAAAGUACGAUGGAUCAGUCGACACUUAAAAACUCUGAAAUCAAUUGGCCUACAACGUAACUCUGUGCCUUGGCAAAGUACAAUAUUGUAUCGGAGAUGGAGUGGAGAGGUGACCAGCGCCAACUCCAUCUCAACGAAAUCCCACAAGACACGUGAAUCAUUUUUGGAAAAGGUAGCAGCCGGCCCAGGUCUGCAGGAGUUCUUCAAUGCCAAGCGCACACCAUCUCAUGCAAAAUUAGAGGCAGAGAGUGAAGUAUCGCCAAUUCCUUAUUUGCUGCCGGAGAAUUACAAUGGACAAGGGCGUAAAGUAUACUUUGAGGUUUACGGUUGCCAAAUGAACACCAAUGACACCGAAGUGGUUUGGGCUAUUUUACAACAAAACGGCUACCAGCGUUGUCAGGAAGCACAGAAAGCAGAUGUAAUCAUGUUGGUGACAUGCGCUGUACGCGACGGGGCCGAACAAAAGAUCUGGAACCGUUUAAAGCAUUUAAACGCAAUGAAAAAUCGUCGUCCUACACGUCACGGUCCACUACAAAUCACUGUCCUGGGUUGUAUGGCGGAGCGACUGAAAGAACGUUUACUUGAACGAGAAAAAUGCGUCGAUGUGAUUGCCGGACCAGAUAGUUACAAAGAUCUUCCCCGUUUACUCGCCGUAUCGCGGCAUUAUCAACAAUCGGCCAUUAAUGUACUGCUUUCUCUGGACGAGACGUACGCUGAUGUGAUGCCAGUGCGUUUGAAUGCCGAAUCACCAACUGCGUUUGUGUCAAUAAUGCGUGGGUGUGACAAUAUGUGCACUUAUUGCAUUGUACCGUUUACACGUGGUCGUGAACGUUCACGUCCAAUAGAGUCAAUUGUGCAAGAAGUUCAGGAACUACGGAACAGUGGCGUAAAGGAAAUCACUCUGCUGGGACAAAAUGUCAACAGCUACCGGGACAUUACCGCAAGCACUGAAAGCAAUAUAGAAAUCAUCGCAAAGAAUAAAGUUGUGCCAGGUUUCAGUACAGUUUAUAAACCCAAGCUGGGUGGCAUGCGCUUUGAUGAGCUGCUGCGACAGGUAGCUGAGGCAGCCCCUGAUAUGCGUAUACGUUUCACAUCACCACAUCCGAAAGAUUUUUCCGAAGAUGUGUUGCGUGUCAUACGAGACUAUCCGAAUGUUUGUAAAAAUUUACAUCUGCCUGCACAAUCUGGGAAUGAUGCGGUGCUAGAGCGUAUGCGACGUGGUUAUACACGCGAUGCGUACCUUCGCUUGGUGGACAGCAUACGAACAAUGCUGCCCAACGUCGGUCUAUCCAGCGAUUUCAUUUGCGGCUUUUGUGGUGAAACUGAAGACGAGUUCAAAGACACACUAACGCUUAUGGAACAGGUACGUUAUAACGUAGCGUUUCUUUUCGCUUAUAGUAUGCGUGAACGGACCACUGCACAUCGACGUUAUAAAGAUGAUGUGCCGGCGGUGGUUAAAACUGAACGCUUGCAGCGCAUGGUGCAGGUGUUCCGUGAAGGUGCUACGGAUUUACAUAAGAAUUUCGAAGGUCGUGACGAGCUUAUACUUAUUGAGGGGAAAAGUAAAAGGUCAGAUCAAUUCUGGUUCGGACGCAAUGACGCCAACAUUAAAGUCAUUGUACCAGCCAUGAAAUUAGAUGGUGAAAUGGAAACCAAAAAAGAAAUAACAACGGGUGAUUUUGUAGUUGCCAAGAUUUGUGAGUCCAACUCACAGGUCCUGAAAGGCACACCUCUUUAUUUUAGCUCAAUUAAACAGUUUUAUGCAAAUAGCUAUAAUGACCAAAGCAAUAAAAAGUUUUAAAAUAAGUAUUUGUUACUUUUAAA